CAAGUGGGUGCCUGCUCCUGUGCUGGAGGAGGCUCUCAGGGGUCUGUGGUCACAGUAUGAUUGCCUUUUACACAGGGAUGGAGGACCCCGGGGACCAGAGCAAUGUGGAUGCACCUGAGGCCCUCAGUCCCAUGAGGAAAGAGUUCAGGAGGACCUGGGGCAUCCGAAGGACCAUGAUCACACAGUGGGAGGGCUCUGGGGACACCGAGGUGGACCUUGACUGGCAGCAGCCACUCAACCCCUCCCUGCAACUUCACAGGAGGUGGCCAAAGCACCCCCAGCAGGUCAGAGAGCCCCAGAGCACAGGCUGGUGGCAUGGAGGGAACCAUGUGGCUGUGUCCCUGGAGGGUUCCCGAGAGCCAGCAUCCUGCCCAGGGUCUCCUGUGCACAGCGCCCUGGAAGGGCACAGUGAGAGCAGCUCUGAGAGGAAGAGUGGACCAGCACCUGGCUCUGAGUGUGUGAAACCUAGAGGCCGGGAUGAGCAGGGUGACACUGCCGACAGUGACAGUGAUAGCUUCACUGUGGAGGGACUUCAGAAUCUCCUCCCAAGGAAGCCAGAGCAAGAACCAGCAGAAAGGGCCCCAAAGGGUGGCUGCAGUAACCCGCGGAAACCAACUUGGGAGGAGGAGCCCACCAAAGGCAUGGAACUCCAGGCAGGCAGUGCCAGCUUCAAGGAGCCACCAUGCAGGCAGGACCCCGAGGCUGCUCAAGGAUCUGACUGAGUGUGUGAAUUGGAGGCAGCAAUGGUUCAGGGACCUGGAGACAAAGACCCCUGGGCCCUGGGCAAGCCUUGGCCUGAGUGUGAGGUUUCCAACCCCUUCCGUAUCUGCCACCAGCCUCAUAGCAACAGGUUGAUGAUCUGCCCUGACGGCUGUGAGGAGUGGUUCCAUGUUGACUGUGUGGGGAUUUUUGAGGCUCGGGGAUGGCUCUUGGAGAGGAAUGGGGCUGAUCAUGUUGACCUGAACUGCACCAACCUGCAAGCACAGGAGGAGAGGAUGUCAGAAGCCACUGAUGACCAGGAGCCUGGAUGCAAAUCCAGAGGUGCUGGCAACACACAGGACAAGAGCAGAGGGCCACAUCCCUGUGCUCUGUGUGCAGCCCCCAAGGACCAGAGGAGAGUGGAGAACAGAGUGGUGGGAGCAGCCUCAGGCCCAAAGGAAACAGCCCUUCCAGGAUCCUCAGUGGGCAGACCACCUUUGUGCAGAAAUCUCAUCCCAAAGAAGCCUCAUCCUUUUGUUAACAUGGCAGCAGCCAAACCAGCCAUUCAGAAGGCACCCUCAGGCUUCAGGGGCCGCAUCCCCAAGGGGCCCUGGCUUGGGGAGGCCCCAGCAGGCACCUCGGCUUCCAGGAGGGCAGGACCAAUGCCAGUUCCUCUGGCAAGCAAUUCCAAAAAAUCACCGUGCUCUGCAGCUUCUAUGGGAGCCAUGAGGAAACCUGUGGUGACUUCGGUCCCCACAGCUUCUCUGGCCCCUGGAAGCCUCAGGCCUGUGGGACCUGCCCUGUCACAGCCAGAGUCACAAAUUCAGCAAAUUAUAAGAUGCUCCUUGAAGGAGAUUCUAUGGAAAAGAGUUUGUGAAAGUGGCGAUUUAAUCAGGACUGAAAAUGAGGUAGGAAAAACUGCCAUCUGCCUUGAGAAGAUGUUUAACUUGUUCCAAAUUACAUAUCAUCGCUACAGGAGUAAAUACUGCAGCAUCAUGCUCUGCCUCGAGGAUCCUGAAAGUCAGGGACUCUUCCAGCAAGUAGUUCAUGAAGAAAUCUCUCUGGAGGAACUUGUGAGAAUGAAGCCAGAGGAACUGUUGUCUAAAGAGCUCUCCAUGUGGAAAGACAGGCUGACAAAAUCUGCGCAGCAGAAGUCAAUAUCUACUGUCCAAGUGAAGAAAACAGUGCCUUUCCCUGAUGCCCUUAGCAACAUGUUGGAGGAUUCGACAAGUCAGCACUGGGCCCACCUUUUUGAUCUAAACUGUAAAAUAUGUACAGGCCUUGAGUCCCCACGUCCAAAUUUCUUCCUUGGGUUGGUCAUCAGUGAGAAACAGAAACUUUGGCCAGACGCUGGGGAGCUGGACAAGAUGUGGGAGAAGCAGACCCCCCUGGAUGUGCCAGGCUGUCACAGCCUCCCUGCACCCCCACAGCUGAAGAGGAAUCCCCUCAAGAACCAGCUGUGCUCUGCAUCUGAGGGCUCCCCACUGCCUCAGUCCCCACCACCUCUGCUGCCUCUUCCUGAGGCCGCUGUGUUGAAAACACUGUAGUCCCUCCUCCCAGCUGCCACUUGCAGUGUUACCACUCCUGCUACAGCAGAAGCAGCCCCCCAACCCGACAGCCUCAUCUGUCACUUUGAGGCCUUCAGACCCAGCCUCACCACUAUACUUCAUCCUGCAGACUCUCUUUAAAGGGACUUCAUUCCAGGGCCCUCCCCAGGACCCCACAGGCCUAAUUCCAACUCCCCAGUGGGACCAAAAAUCCCAGGCCCAGGAAGGGGCAUCAGGAGCACUGCUCCUUGAUCCCAUUGUUCAGCAAUUUGGCCACUUCACAGACAGUGACCCCCAGGAGGAGGAUGAUGACAGGCCUUAUGACCUAGAGGAAGGGUAUAACAUGCAGCCAGCCUUUGACCCCUGGCUCACCAAGAGGGGGAAGUAGCAUGACUGGGGAAAGGCCCCGGACGCUUUGGAAGAGGCAGCAGUGGCCUAUGACCCGGAAGUUGAGACCUUUCUGGAGGCGGCCAGUGUGAUGGUCACUGAGCUGCCCAAAAUGAUGUGCGCAGAUCUCACGGAGAGGCCCAGAGACCACACCGGAUACUGGCCCCCUCCCGCUUGGGGGCAUCAGAGAAUUCAGGAUGACUUAGUCAUUACUGGCCAAAGGGGAGCUGUUCCCCCAGGAGCAGAGGGCCGUAGACCAGAGUCGAGAAGCCCUUGGCACAAACCAUACCUCAUACUCAGGGCACAGUAGAGACCCCCGGAAGGCCAGGCACCUAGGUGACAGCAGCUGGUAUGAGGCCCUCGCCAGAGCACCACGGUAGUAGGAACAUCUCGUGAGGGGUGGGGGCUCUGAGGGAGGCCCUGCCAGCAGGGAAGACAAAGCCACAUCCAGAAUUCAUGCCCUCCAACACCCUGUGUCUGGCUGCCCUGCCGAGUGAUGCCACAUGGGCUCAGGGGCAAGCUGCUGCUCAGUGAGGGCACAGCAGGUCAGCCAGUAUGGGCGUCCCCUCCAGCAGCGCCUGGACCGCACGUGCUGACCUCCUGAGGGCCAAACAAGAGCCUGCUUGCUCUGUGGCUGGACGUUUGGGCCUCACAUUCACUCUGCAGCCAGGUCCUGGAGGUGACUGGUCCUGUGGAUUUGGUCCCCAUGUGUGGGUUCAGUGCCAAUCAGAUAGACGGGGUAGUCUGGUCCCCUCUAGCCUCAGGCUGGGGCUCAGGAAGCCCCUGCCUAUGAAGAAGGGGCCUCACUGGAUGCCAGGCC